UUGGACAACCCAGAUGAGCAAGCAGCACAGAUCAGACGCGAGUUGGACGGACGUCUUCAAAUGGCAGAGCAAAUUGCAAAGGAGCGCAAGUUUCCGAAGUUUGUGUCCAAAGAAAUGGAAAACAUGUACAUUGAGGAGCUGAAGUCGUCUGUCAAUCUUCUGAUGGCAAACUUAGAGAGCAUGCCUGUGUCAAAAGGAGGUUCCGAGUUCAAGCUGCAGAAGCUGAAACGUAGUCAUAACACCUCAAUAAUUGACAUGGGAGAAGAAAACGAGAACCAGCUUUCCAAGUCAGACGUUGUGUUGUCAUUCUCCCUGGAGGUUGUCAUCAUGGAGGUGCAGGGUCUGAAGUCGCUGGCCCCCAACCGUAUUGUAUACUGUACCAUGGAAGUCGAAGGUGGGGAGAAACUGCAGACUGACCAGGCUGAAGCCUCAAAGCCAACCUGGGGCACCCAAGGAGACUUCACGACAACACACGCACUUCCUGCAGUGAAGGUGAAGCUGUUCACGGAGAGCACGGGGGUGCUGGCUCUGGAGGACAAAGAGCUUGGGAGGGUUGUUCUCCACCCUACUCCCAAUAGCCCAAAGCAAUCGGAGUGGCACAAAAUGACUGUUUCCAAAAACUGCCCGGAUCAAGACCUGAAGAUCAAGCUUGCCGUGCGAAUGGAUAAGCCUCAAAACAUGAAGCACUCUGGGUAUUUAUGGGCCAUUGGUAAAAACGUUUGGAAGAGAUGGAAGAAACGAUUCUUUGUCCUGGUCCAGGUUAGUCAAUAUACAUUUGCUAUGUGCAGCUACCGGGAGAAAAAAGCUGAACCUCAAGAGCUGCUGCAGCUCGACGGAUACACUGUGGACUACACCGACCCGCAGCCAGGUUUGGAGGGCGGCAGAGCAUUCUUCAACGCGGUGAAGGAAGGCGACACGGUGAUUUUUGCAAGUGACGAUGAGCAGGACCGUAUCCUGUGGGUCCAAGCCAUGUACCGAGCCACCGGCCAGUCUCACAAACCUGUGCCGCCUACCCAAGUGCAAAAGCUAAAUGCUAAAGGAGGAAAUGUACCCCAGCUAGAUGCCCCAAUCUCUCAAUUUU